CCCACCCCUCCGGAUCCUGACGACGUAGGGACAAAUGAAGUUUCUGUUGCCUUUAAACCCUGGCAAAUUUUGAGUAAUGGAGAUAAAGUCAGUUACUACCAAAUCAUCGUCGUACCACUUAAAGAAGGGAAAGAUCCUGGAAAACCAUCAGAUAAGGAGUAUGUUAAUGUCAUCAAAAGGUAUGAAGAUAAAUCGGAGGGUGAACCCUACAUUACGGCUGAAUUUUCUAACGAUAACAAACAGAGUACAACCUUUCCUGUUGGAGAUGAGAAGUACUAUUCAAGAGGAAGAGGAAGUGGUGUUGUGGCAAGAAGAGAGCACAUAGAAGAAAACUUCGAUCCAGAAGGGGAAAUAGCUGUCGAGGAGUUUGAAGACCACGUGAAACGCCUUCAAGAGGAUGAUUUAUUUUCUGUUGAGUAUGGUGCUAUACGCUCUCAAGGAAAUGUUACUUCCAAAGCCACUUUGGCCGAGGAGAACAAACACAAGAACCGUUACAACAAUAUCGUUGCGUACGACCACAGCCGAGUAAAAUUGACUCCAAUCGAGGGUGUGCGGGGCUCUGACUACAUUAACGCCAACUUCCUUGACGGUUAUCAGAAGGAUAAGGCAUAUAUCGCCACCCAAGGACCACUUGAACACACUUCAGAUGACUUCUGGAGAAUGGUCUGGGAGCAAGGGACAAAAACAAUCGUCAUGGUGACAAACUUGGAGGAGAAGGGUCGCCUGAAGUGUCACCAGUAUUGGCCAUCAGAAGGUGCAGAAUCGUAUGGUGACAUUCGAGUAACCUUGAUGCAGACGGUGCAGCUCACUGAAUUCACCAUCCGCACCAUGACUCUAAAGCACGCCAAUAACUCAGAACAACGAACUGUAAAUCAGUAUCAUUACACGGUAUGGCCUGACCAUGGUGUUCCCGAGUGUCCUUCCUCACUUCUCACGUUUGUGAGAAAGGCUUCUAGAGCAAAUCCUCCAGACGCAGGGCCUAUGGUUGUUCACUGCAGUGCCGGGGUGGGCAGAACUGGUACAUUUAUUGUGGUAGACGCAAUGCUGCGCCGCAUUGCUGCAGAGAAAACAGUGGAUGUCUAUGAAUAUGUCAGCUCAUUGCGACAAGAUAGAAAUUUUAUGGUGCAAGUUGAAGAACAGUACAUUUUGAUUCAUGACGUCCUGGUGGAAGCCAUUCAUUCCGGAUUCACUGAAAUACACGCGAAUGAUCUUAGAUCUCACAUCAAGAACCUCAUGCAAGUGAAUCAAACGAGCGGCCAAAGUGAGAUGGAUGAGGAGUUCAUCCGGCUAGGUCGCUGCAUCAACGCUUCCCAGCUCACAGCUCAGGCUGCCAACAUGGCCUGCAACGUGACCAAGAAUCGUUAUCCAAAUGCGUUACCGUAUGAUGAAACCCGGGUUAAACUGAGUGUAAUCUCAGGCGUGGAAGGCUCUGAUUACAUCAAUGCUAACUUCAUUGAUGGCUACAUGACCAGGAGAGCAUUCAUUGCAACUCAGGCACCCAUACCUGAUACUAUACCAGACUUUUGGCGCAUGAUCUGGGAACAAGAAUCUUCCACCAUAGUCGUGUUAUCAAAAGAAACAGAAGGUGAAAAGGUUAAAGUACACCAAUACUGGCCUGCAGAGAAGCCCGCGCACAUUGGCACUUUGGUAGUGGAAAAAACAAGCGAGACGGCCUAUGAAGACUACACAAUGAGAGAAAUGAAACUCACCCAUACCAAGGAAAGUGCAUCGCGAGUUGUUCGUCAGUAUCAUUACACUGGAUGGCCUGAUUCAGGAUCUCCAGAAUCAGGUACUGGCUUGAUCGAUCUUAUUGGGCAGGUACAACGGUGGCAGCAGCAGUCAGAAAAUACCAAGAUCACUGUGCACUGCAGCGCUGGAGUGGGUCGCACAGGAGUGUUCUGCGCCCUCAGUAUUUUAAUCGGACAGUUAAAAAGUGAAGGUGUGGUUGACGUUUUCCAGACUGUGAAGCAGCUGAGAGUUGAGAGACCUGCCAUGGUCCAGACAAAGGAUCAAUAUGAGUUUAUUUACUCUGCUCUCAGUGAGUAUUUAGACUCAUUUGAUGCCUACAGUAAUUUCUGAGUGCCUGCACCCGUUCAAGAAUGAAGGACAGUUAUAAAUUCAGCAAGAAUUAAUUUCUUUCGUGCUCUAACUAGAGAUGAAAUAAUCAACAUUAAGUCGUAAAAAGCGCGGCGAUUUUCUUUAAAGUGCCGUUAACUCAGUCAGAUAUGUAAACCCAGUUGCUAAGGAUAGAUAGAUGAUGUGGAUAACCGCUUAGCGCUUAAAUUAGGUUGUGAUCAUGACCAACCACAGUCUUAGGAAAAAAAAAAUUGGGAUUCGCUAAUUUAAAGCAAAUUUAAACCACAGGGAAAAAAAACAAGAUCUAAAAGUUUAAUUUGCGAAUGGAUUCAUCGAUCAAAUUAUAUUGAAAGUUUUAUUUGACGUUUUAUUUCAUUUUUUCGUGUUUCUAGGCUGAGUUAAUUGAAACAUAUGGUGACAACUUUCUGUCAGGAAAAAAAAAAUGAAUCUUAAGGGUAACCGAAUCCUAAACACACAAGUUCACAGAAACCAUGGUUCAGUCAUUUUUCAAAGGAAUCAGCCAAAAACCUUGUUAACCUCGCUCCAGAUUUUGCAGCCUUUUUUGUGAAAGUGGAAUUGUUUGACUUUGUCUCCUACUGGCGGGAUUUCCUGAGACUAGCUUGUGUUCUGUGGAUGAAAAUAGUUAAGUUUUCUAUCUUGUAGAAAAAUAAUCAGUAUAAACUGAACCAUUCGCUGGAGUCAAGCAGAAAUAAUUUCAGCGGAUGACAGUCCAAUCUCUAUACAAUUGAAGCUUUAGCUGUAUUCUAACAAUAAAAGAUAAUUUUGUUCCAUG